AUGGCGUACUUCUUGCCAUCGUUCUUUCAGAAGCGACUGCUUAAAUAUGCCUUGUCACGUCUGGGCCUCGUCGAUACGGAGGCUUUGGAUCCCGACAGCUUGGGAAUCCGCUUCGGACAGAGAAGUACGGUGGAGCUUCGAGAUAUCGGCCUGAAGCUAGAGAAACUAGCGACUAUUCUUCAACUCCCUCCGACGUGCGAGCUUAUCGCGGCCCGAAUACAGUUCCUGCGGAUCACCGUCCCCGCUGACAUAUACAGCAGCGGUAUCGUCUGCGAAGCUAGUGGUAUCAAUGUGCAUAUCCGACUGCUAUCCGAUGAACCAGCCAAGGGGAAAUAUGCAAGGCCAAAAUCACGACCCGCCACUGUGCCGGGCACAUCGGGGACUGAUGGUCAGAUCCUACCCACACCGUCCAACCUCGCCGAGUCGUUCUUAGAGGCCGAGCCUCAGGAGGAGAAAGAAGAGCUACAAGCCGCGAUAUCAUCACAAUCUCAUGUUCUACAAAAGUCGUCUUCAUUUACCGAGGAAGAGGAGGAAGAGCUCGGAAUUGGGAACGAUACCCUAUCGUUGCCGAGCUUUGUUGAGGCAUUCCUCAAAGGCGUGGCGGACCGGCUACAGCUUAAGAUCAGAGACGUUGCCGUGCGGCUGGAUAUGGAGCUGAAACAAGACGGUCCAUCCAAAAGGCAGCCCGAAGAUAAGCCGGAUCUUGUCGCAAGCUUGUUGAGCGUACGCGAGAUCGAUGUCCAUGGUGUAUCUGGUUUCACUGCUGGUCCAGGUGACUCAUUACCUUUCCGAGAGGGCAAGAGGAUGGUCACUAUCGAUGGCAUAAAUGUCGGUCUCGUGUCGGAUCCGGUUGUAUUUUCGAACUAUUCGCGGUUCACGGCCCCUGCGUCCCCGACGACGACGAUGCAGUCGAAGGAAAGCCAUCCGUCAAGCAGAGCGCCCUCGACCCAACCGUUAGACUCAUCAGGCUCUGACCACGGACUUGCGAUGACACAGUCAACUAUUUUUCAGCCCUCUAUCCAAUCCGAUCACGAAAGUGUCAGUGAUCACGGGAUGGAUGAAUCUACAAUCUCUCAUGGUGGCCGGUUCUCGGAUGCGGACUCUGAACCGGAGAAUAGGCACGAUCGUUACCUUGAAGACUCUCAGGUAUUUGGAGAUGAUCCGUUUCAAGACAACUCAGGAUACUUAGACUCGGUUAUCGAUACCAAAUUUGACGAUUUUGACGACGAACCAUCCGCAUCAAUGCAAUCACAGAGACACCCCAUGGCUGAAAGUCACGACGGACCUUCCCACCAGAGCCUCUCGUUAAGAUCCAGUGGAAAUGUGCCGGAGUGUGAAGAUGUCGAAUAUGCCGAAAGAGGCUCGAUGCCACCUGAGAAUACCCAAGGGUCACAGACUUUCAGAUUACAGCACGGAAGCCAAGUGGACAUUGAAGAUUGUAAUCCAGCAAAUUCUAUCCAAUAUAUCAAUGAUCUGGAGGACCCUUUCAUACCGCAAAUGGGUACUUCACAGCAUCUAUCCCAAGCGUUUGCACCACGCUCCGAAUCUAGCGACACUGCUUCAGGAUCUGCAACCCCUGAUGCAGAACUUAUGGAGUCAAAGUAUUUCUCGCACGACGAGGCACAAAGCUUAUACAUGAGUGCUAUUAGUCAAGGCAAUGGUGAAAGCUUCAUUCCAAAAAUGCCUGGGGCUUGGGAUGCUUUUCCACUUGACAGAACAUUGGCGAGCACUUCCGAGGACCUCACGAAGAGGACAUGCCCGACCGAAGACAUACAAGCGGACCGGGAAGGCCUCGAUGAAGCUUCUGCGUCCACUCCGAAGUUGACUGGUCAGCCUGAUUCUUAUUUUGGCCACCCACCUCUAGAGAGCAGUCAAGCUCAUUCCCAGUCGGCAUCCACCGACAAAGCUUCUACCCCACCAUCGCCUACUCUGCAUAGGUUGAGUGAAAUGCGGAAAUCCAUGUUUAGCAUCGACAAGGUUUUCGUUUGGUUGCCAUCUACUUCUGACGAGACCACCAACUCGAAACAUUCGUCUCCGAAAAUGGAUAAAGCAGACAGUGACCCGAAAGAUUCAGAGUCUGAAUUGAACGAGUCUACAGUUGAGGAGAGCAUGUUUGCUUCCAAGGCCUACGCUUCCACUAGAUUCCCAAGGGGUCCAAGAGAGGCUCAUCUUGGCGAGGCGGAUCGUGCAGAAAUACCACAAAAGACUCAUAGCAGCAAACUAUCAGAACUUGAAGUGGAGAUUUUCACAGUCGCUUUUCAUUUUGACAUCGCGACCGGCUGGCUUCUGACCAAAGCAUGUCAGAGGGGGAUGCAGGUGUUACCUGGAGAAAGUCAACCGAAGAAACAGACUUCGCCAAAUCAACCAGCUCGUCAAACGUCCUUGCAUCUUGUCGUUCAUGAGCUCUCUACUAAGUUCAUUGAGCAUGUGACAGGACAUUCUCAUUCUGCCGAAAAUGCUGGUACCCCUCUGCCUCCGCCAUAUCAUUCUAUGGAGGACAUCGUCCUUCAAAUCGCUGCUUCAGGGUUUGAGGCUCGCGUUCUCACAGAUGAAAAGCGGACCAAUUUGAAUCUCGAUAUUUCGAAGUUCAAAUUCGGACUCGCUUCCGAUGAUCUGAUCUCGUUUAACGAGGCAUUGAAGAUGCGCGAAUCUACUAGGGACAUCUUGACGUCUUCCCCGGUAGAUAUCUCAUUGUCAUUAUGCAAGUCAGCAGAAUCUGUCAAACUUGAUAUAUCUACUCUACCCCUUCAUUUCAACCUCAACAUUCAGCAACUGGAGGAAGUUCUGGGGUGGAUGGGCGGUCUUAGUACCAUUUUGGAGCUGGGAAGCUCAAUUUCCUCGGCAGCUACCACGAAGGGAGGACCCAGGUCUCCGAAGAAGCGCCCACGUGGUGUACAUUUCGAAACACUGAGUUCAAAGUCUGACAAAGGCAAUUCGAGAUCUACUCCCUGGAAAGCGAAUGCGCGAAUUGGUGGUAUUGUGCUGGAUAUUGUCGGCGAAACUCAUUAUCUCAAGUUCAGCACCACCGCUGUCAAAGUUGUCAGCAGAUUUGAAGGCAUUGGUGUCCAAAUCGACAAGUCGGAGUUGGCUGGUCCACUACCGCUCGAUGGGUCUCCUGAUGCACCUGCAAUGAUUUCCUUAGACAACAUUAGAGUCGAGCUCCUCUCUGUUCCGAAGGAGAACGAUAUCGAUCGUCUUCUAGCCUUGAUCACGCCGUCGAAAGACAAGUACGAUGACGACGAUGAUAUUAUGCUUGAUACGCUCAUACGACAAAGGAGACAAGGUUCUGUUCUUCGAACAAACGUAGAAGACAUGGAGAUUUUGAUCUCGAACCCCACUGGCCUGGCUUCUCUGUCAUCCCUCGCAGUUGAAAUGAGCCGGCUGUCCAACGUCACCAAAUAUCUUCCCGAAGACGACCGCCCUGGUAUUCUCACCUUGACAAAAAUUUGCAAACUCGAUAUCAAGGUUCAAGUUGGCGGGGAGGUAGGAAACUUGAAUGCUUAUCUGGUGGAUCUGGAAGCUGCUUGGAUUAGCAUGCCGUCACUCAUUGCGACUAAAAUCGAAAGCAUAAACAUCCUUCGAAAGACCAAGAACAGCAAGGAGGAACUAGUAGGUGAAGCUAUACGUCCCAGUGCCCAGAAGACACAGCAACCCAUGUUCAUGGUUCGAUUCAUUCCCGAUGAAAUGGAUCCUACAUUCAAGAUCAAACUGAAUCGCCUCCGUGUCGAGUACACGAUUGCGUCGACUAUGGCUUUCCUUGGUCUGGGCCGGAAUAUAACAGGCGGAGAAGUGGUCAGUGAGAUGGCGAAUUCCAUUGCCAAUCUUGCAGAGCACUCGGGCCGAGCAACAGAUUCACUGGCCUUUGCUGCGUCUGCAUCUGACACCUCCGGGGCUUCUACAAAGCCGACAAGGCUAGCAAUUGUCCUACGCGAUUGCGUUCUUGGUCUCAAUCCUUGCAAUUCUCCAUCGAAGGGCCUUGUGGUGCUGACGAAUGCUAAGUUCGGUGGCAUAUUAAAUGGUGAAGAAUCUUCGGAGGCCACAUUGGACAUCCGAAAGUCAUCGAUCAUGAUCAUUGACGAUGUGGCCAAUGAUGGCUACACAGACAACCUUCAUCAACGUACCUCAUCUGUUGUCCAGAGUAGCCAGGUCCAGGAAUACAUUGGCAAGGGCUACGUACCGGUCUCCACAAUCUCUUCUGCGACGGCUAUUGUAAAAAUGAUGACACUGGCCGAAGAUGGAAUGAAGUCAUUGGAUGUCGAGCUUCGCCCUGAUCUUUUGAUUCUCGAAACAUGCGCAGACUCAACGCAGACCUUGAUCAGUAUAUUAAAUGGACUUCAACCUCCAACGCCUCCCAGUGUCGCCGUGAAAUAUCGAACCGAGGUCAUGCCUCUCCAGGACAUGCUCGCUUCCUUUUCGGGAGACGCUUUUCCGGCCGACCCUACCUUGCCUCCGGGUUUUGAAAUGAACUUAGAGCCUCUUAUCGAAGAACAGUCCUCGGAGGAGCAAUUGAGCGACGAGCUUGAAUAUGUCAGCGAUUUCAAUUCUGGAAACCAAGGUAUUGAGGCUUUGAGAUCGGGCGAGGGUAAUGAUCUCUUUGACAGUUUCCAUUCACAGUAUCAAGUCUCAUCUAGCAUUGGAGAGCUGGACUUCCAGGAGGACCACUUCGGCAAACAGUCUGCCGUUGGAGGUACUGCGCACCGGUGGGACUCCAGUCACAACACUUACGGUCUUUCCAAUGAUACGAAGCUCCAGCGGAGCCCACUCCGAGUCAGAAUUCGGGACAUGCAUAUUAUCUGGAAUCUUUUUGAUGGUUAUGACUGGCAGCGUACUCGUGAUACCAUCUCCAAGGCUGUCAAGGAUGUUGAAACCAAAGCAACCGAGAGACGAUCUCGAGCCUCGCGUAUGUCACCUACUGCCGAGGACGAGGAGGAGUCCGUCAUUGGCGAUUUCUUGUUCAACUCCAUUUACAUCGGAAUUCCGGCCAAUAAGGACCCGCGUGAGCUCCAUCGCGAAAUCAACCGCGAUAUCGACGAUCUCACCAGCGAAACUGGGAGCUAUGCGACAACGACUACAGUAACUGGUGCGACCAGUCGACAGGCCCGACCUACGUCCACAAGAGAGAAGAAACUGCGGCUGCACCGGAGCAAGCACCAUAAGAUGACCUUUGAGCUCCGGGGCGUCUGUGCCGAUUUGGUUGUCUUCCCGCCUGAUUCAGAGGAGACACAGAGUUCCGUGGAUGUGCGGGUGAAGGAUCUGGAGAUCUAUGACCAUGUGCCCACCUCGACGUGGAAGAAGUUCGCCACGUACAUGCAUGAGGCUGGAGAGCGAGAGAGUGGGACUAACAUGGUCCAUAUUGAACUUCUAACUGUGAAGCCCGUGCCUGAGCUUGCUGCAUCGGAGAUAGUUCUUAAGGCUACUGUUUUGCCCCUCCGGCUUCACGUUGAUCAAGAUGCUUUGGAUUUCAUGAGCAGAUUCUUCGAGUUUAGAGAUGAGUCUGUCGAAGAGUCCACUACCCCAGGCGACGUCCCAUUCCUACAGCGUGUCGAAGUCAACGCCGUUCAGGUCAGACUGGACUUCAAACCGAAGAGAGUUGACUAUGCUGGUCUCCGAUCCGGUCGCACUACAGAGUUCAUGAACUUCUUCGUGCUGGAUGGCGCCGAUAUGGUCCUGCGACACGUUAUCAUCUAUGGGGUUUCUGGAUUUGAUCGACUUGGCAACUCGCUCAACGACAUCUGGAUGCCCGACGUCAAGCGGAACCAGCUCCCUGGUGUCCUCGCGGGCCUUGCGCCCAUCCGGUCUCUAGUCAACGUGGGCGGCGGCGUGAGGGACCUCGUCCUGAUUCCAAUGCGCGAAUACAAGAAAGAUGGGCGUAUCGUACGCAGCAUCCAGAAGGGAGCCAUGGCUUUCGGCAAGACUACAUCCAAUGAAUUCGUGAAGCUGGGUGCCAAGCUCGCUAUUGGUACCCAAACGGUCCUACAGGGCAUGGAGGACAUGCUGACAUCCCCCAACGCCUCCACCGCUUCGGAUGAGAAUCGGGAUGAUGACGACGAGGCAAAGAAGAUUUCUCUUUACGCCGACCAACCUGUAGGUGUGGUCGCAGGCAUCCGGGGUGCCUACAGCAGCCUAGAACGCGAUCUUCUCCUCGCGCGAGACGCGAUUGUGGCGGUGCCGGGCGAGGUCGUCGAGAGUGGGAGCGCCAAAGCGGCAGCCAAGGCUGUAUGGAAACGUGCGCCGACCGUUGUCCUUCGGCCGGCCAUCGGCGUUUCCAAAGCUGUGGGACAGACCUUGCUGGGCGCAGGGAAUACCUUGGACCCGAGCAAUCGGCGCAAAAUGGAAGAUAAAUAUAAACGCCACUAA